AUGGAGCUUGCAACUCUCUGCGAUAUCAAGGUUUGUACGGUUAUUACUGGUCCUAAUGGGGAAUUGCAAACUUGGCCUGACAAUUUGAAAGCCUGUAAGGAAAUUCUUGAUAUCUACUCUCAAAAUUUGAAACCCGAAAAGAAGCACAAGCAAGAAGAGAAAGAUCUCCCGACGCUAGUUGAAUCAAAGCUUGCAGCUGUCAACAGGAGAAUUUGUUUCUUAGAGAACAAGAAUGUUGCUGAUAAAGGAAAAAGAAAGAGAAUUGAGUGA